UGUCCGUCCUCCCGGGUGACGUCACGAGAACUGCCGCGCGUCUCUCCAGCGCGUUCGCGAAUGGACGUCUUCACAGGCGCGCGCGCGACCUAGCAUCCGCCAGUCAUGCAGCAAAAGAUUUGCUCUGGAGGUUCCCUUUCUUUCCACGAUGGCCCCCGCUCGCCGUUCUUCCACAGCCUGGACGCCCGCGCCGCGUGCCCGCACGAGUACGACGGCUUCAGCAUCACCGGGAAGCUCCCGGCGGGUCCGCCGCGCGACGCCGCCCUCCCGGCUGUCCGCGGCGUGCGGCGCUCGCUCAGUGACGGCAGGGACGCCGCCCACUUCCUGAUUUCCAGGAGGAGGACACGGAGCGUGGGCAUGCGACAGGACGGUGACCAGGACGAGGAGUGCGGCGAGACGGACGAGGAGGACGGGACCUCGGAUAAGCCGCCGGAUCGUCACGGCGGUUUUCGUCCGGGCCCGGCGCCGCUGCUCGAGCAUCACGGUUGUUCGGACGCGGACGAUGCUUGGUCCUCGUCAGCGGCGGGUAACGGAGGCUUGGUCGGCAUUGGCGGCGGCGGCGGUAGCGGCGACGGCUGCGGCGUCCUGCAGCAGCGGCUGGCUCGCGUCAGGUCGGAGCUGGCGCAGGCCGACACGCGGCUGCUGUGCGAGCGCGCCCACUCGCAGCAUUUGUCCCGCGAGAGGCAAGAAGUGGCGGAGAAGGAGCGGUCGCUGAGCCGGCAGGUGGACGUGGCCGUCAUGGUGAUCGCCGCCCUCAAGGAGCAGAUCAACGCCUCGGAAAGCGAGCUUGAGCGACGUGAAAGGCAGGUCCUAAGCAUCCAGAAGUUUUUGGAAAUGGCCGCGCGCCAGGAGACCAGCGGCAAGGUCCGAAUCCAGUUGUUCAUCGAGAACCUGCUGAGACGCAUCGCGCUGGCCGAGACCCUCCUGGAGGACUACCAGGUCCUCGAGGCCCCAACAAGUGUCGUCACGCCCCUCCCGGUCUGCCUAGCGAGUCUCACGGGCGUCUCGUCUUCUCAGGGACGGCAGACGCCGGCAACCGACCGCGACAAACCUCGCAGGAUCACCAAGAGCAGGUCGGCAGGGUGUCAGCUCUCGUGCGGUCUUCACGGCGACGCGCCGUCGGCCGAACAGCGCGAGCGUCUGGCGCACUCGUCGCGUCUUUUCUGCCGACCCGAACACCGAGUCGACAUCUGGAACCAGCGGCGGCGCUCGACCGGAUACGAGGCCUAACGCCGCCAGGAAGGAGGCGCGCUUGCGUCAUCACCGCGCGACUUCAAUUCUUCAUUUGACAGGCACAAGAGGCGGCCGGCGUUGUGGUGGUGGUUGUGUCCACGAUGCGAGCCAGAGUCCGCGCUUGGAAAUGACCCCACUGAGCCACGAGGACCAAAGCGGCAGCAGGAGGACAUUUUCAUGACAUCAUUGACCGCGCAUGUGUCGCAAGUGGACAACAUGGCAGACGCGGUGCCGUCUGCCGCGCACUUCCCGGUCUACUUGUGUCUUGCCCAAGUGUAUUUUGUGCCGUCAUAAUGCUAUCCGGCGCGUCAUCUUUCACGUCAAAGGUGAAAUCUCACUCGCAAGUUUUAUGUCAUGGGAUUGGCACGGGUGAAUAGAUACAUUCCAGUCAGUGAAGCAGCAUCAUUGUGCAGUCUCGUAGGUACAACGUUUAUUCAACGUGACAGUUAUCUUGUGACGUGUUUAAUGACGUGGCAGCCAACUAUACAUUUUAAUAAUAGUUUUGUUAUUAAAUGGGCAUGAAAAAUAUUGUUAUGAAGUUACUCGGACAAGAUAUUCUCAUUUUACUGCUACAAUGCAGAUGCAAAGUAUCCCUUUAAUCAACGAGUCAACCAAUCUAUCAAAUUAAUUGACCGCUAUUUAGAUCGAUUUACUUUGGAAAACAAUAAUCGACAUUUUCAGGGUGAGGGGGUUAAGGUUUAAGGUUAGGGGCAAGGUCCCUCCCCCCCAAAAAACGAUCUAACUGCAUAUAAGCUAGAAGAGGUCGAUGUUGAAGUUGCUUGCAAUGCUAUGUACAAUCCAGCAGGUGUCCGUAUUGGGCAACAAUUCCCAUGACACGUGACCACUUUCAUGUUAUACUUCUUGGACCGAACCAUCGAUUCGACUUACCCGACGACUGAAGGCAACGGCCGUUCGAUCCCUUGACGUGAAGUCGAGAGCUUUCCACCACCCUCUCGUCCGUCACCUUUUCUGACAAACCGGAGAGAAAAUAACCAGACGAGCCUCCCCCCUUCCUUGCGCAGCUGCCAGACACAGCAACUGAUUUGGCCGCGCCUCCUCUCCGACUGCCUCGUUCGGUCUCGCCGCGACGAGAGUUCCUUUCGAGGCAUAAAAUGGGACCAGAGACAGAUAAUUUUCCCAAAGAUCAUUUGAAUCAUUCUCCUGUCACGUCAUAUUUGAAUAAAUAUGAAGAAAAAAACCCAUUUCGUUUUGUGUUUCUUUUUUAACACUGCAAACUUACACGUUGAUCAAAUACUGCCCCAAUUGGAA